AUGCUUCGCGCGCCCCGCACUCGCCCAUCCUUCUCUAACGCGCAGGUCUCGGCGUACUUCUUCACGCCGUGCAGUGAUGAGUACGGCGAGUCUGUACCCGACUACUACCGCUGCCGAUGCGGUACCGUGCGGAAUCAGACGAGGCACAACGGGUUUAUUAACCUGAUGCAGCACGUCCGCCGAGAGCACCCGGGCUUCGAAGCCAAGAUGCGGGCUGCAACAACAGCUGAGACCGGCUCACUGAUUCCCUACGCUCGACGUACGUCGGUGAACCGCUUCGGCUGGCUGGAGUGGGUCGUCAAGGUUAACCUGCCCCUAGUCUUUUGCGAGAACCCACUCACAGGAAGGUAC